ACAACAAUAUCAAGAGCAAUUUAAUCAACCAAACAAUGGAAAUGGAUUAAUGAAUCAAUCAUCAGCAAGAUUACAUCUCCCAAUGCCUUCUAUUCCUAAUGGCGUAAGUAGUGGUGGCUAUUUUCCGCAACAACUUGGUAAUCCAAUGAUGAAUCCGGCUAUGCAGCAACAAAUGACACCAAUGAACAUGCCGUUACCAAAUCCUUCAAUGAUUGGAAUGCAGAUGGGACACAGUGGUAUACCAAGACCUCCUCCGGCUCAUUGGAAUAAUGGACCAUGGGACCCGAUGAUGAUGGAUAGUAUGAUGGGACCGCCACCUCCAUUUGGAUUUCCUGGUGGAUCAAUAGCAAUGAAUCCGAUGGGUGGACCUUUGGGACCAAUGGGAAUGCUACCUCCAAUGCAUCAUGAUGAAAUGAACAAUCACAAAAAACCAAAGGACGACAAAAAACCAAAGGAAAAAGGGGAUGAAUCAAAGGAAAAGACAAUCAACAAAGGUGAAAAGGAAUCAUCGACAGUAUCAGCAGCAGCAGCAGCAGCAGCAGCAACAACAACAACUCCGGCAGAAAUGGCAGCAGCAGAACAACAAUUACCUCCAUUGGCAACCACGGCAACAGAAGCCGCGGAAGAAAAUGCUCUGGUACGAUCGACUAUGGAAAACAACAAGGAUAUACGACGAAAACCAUCGAUCUGGAAUUUAUUUGGUAUGGGAGGAAAUCGAGCACAGAUGAUGGCAAUGCAACCUUAUGCACCACGACCCGUACUUCCAUUUUUGCCUCCACCUGAUUUCAUAGCUGAUGCGCACCGUGGCGAACACCCAAAGUUGACCGAGAUGAUUGAAAAAUUCCAACAAUUGAUGUAUGUAUGGUGCUAUGUGAUGCCUAUGGAAGAUUAUCGGAACACAGCCUGGUGUACGUUCAAGAUCCAGAAUCAACGCAAACUCAACUAUGCCGAUCGACACAAUCAACGUACCGUGACUUUGGACAAGGAAAAGAAUCUUCCAGGCACUGUGAUUGUCAAUCCACGCGCAAAGACCGCCGUCAUGUACAAAAGCUUAUGGUCCACCACCAAAAUGAUCAUCACCAUCAUGUGUCUACCUCAAGAAGAAUACAGGCGUCAGCGACAUGCUCUUAGUACUGAACUCAUACGUCGUUGGGGUUCAAAACCUUCCAGUUCUGGUGGUGUCUUCAAUUCUAUGUUCCGUGAUUAUGCUAGAUGAUAUCUUUUUUUUUUUUUUUUUU